GACAAAAAAGUGCUGUUUUUGGUUUUUGAUAUUUCGACUUCCAUGAUUUCRAACGAACAGAACCGAUUCAGUAGUACUAUUUGCUAUUUGUCUAUUGUCUUGUCUAGGGAGGASAGAAGAGACCACAACGCCACGAGACGGGACGGGAUGAGACACUAACCAUGGGCGAUAGAAMCUACAAGAACAAGGAGGAAAAGGAUGCAAAGGCGCCGAGUGACAGCGCCCUCACCGACGAUGGCAACGGCGAAACCAACAAUGACAACGGGUGCUGUUACAAGCGAGCCGCCCUGGCCYUCCACCAAGCCGACUACUURUUGAUUCUGGCGGGUGCCGGUAUGUCGGCCGAUUCCGGCCUGAAGACCUACGAGACCAUGCCAGACCGAUACAGGCAACUCUGCGAUCCAGCCCGAAUGGCCACCAUGGACGACAACAACUACAAUUAUUGCCACGAAUUCCAACAAUUCUGGUACGACUUUGCGGUCCGGUAUGCCGACACCCAGCCCCACAGRGGCUAUGACAUCCUGGACCAAUGGUGCCACGGGGGAAAACUAAAGCGGCUCUCGAAACAAKACCAUACGUGUUCCGGGAGCGAAACAGAAACACCCAAGGGAACGAAUGACAAGCAAGAAUCUAAUGCGGUAKCAGGUCGCUCUUCCCUGGAAGGCCACAAGUGGUGGGUCUACACGUCGAACGUGGACGGACACUUUCGCCGGUAUCCCAGCUGGGGCCCAUGGAACAACGAGGAAGAUAAAAGCAGUAACAAUAGCAACAGCAACGUCAGCAGCAACGUAUGCGAAAUCCACGGAUACGCCGGGGUCUUUCGAUGUUCUUGUGGAAUCGGAUACGCGGGCGGCAUCGGCCCGGAACGCUUUCCGAGAAUGGGACCCCCGUGGAACCAAUGGAACCAAAGGGUCGAUGAAUGCCCGACGGUAACACAAAAGUGUCAUUUCGAGACCGAAUCCCUGCAGGAACUCCUGCAACGGACAGCGAUCAGCAGCAGCAGCAGCAGCAGCAGCAACAACAACAACAAUAUCAAUCCACAAGAGCAACCACAACCACGACAGCGACUCCUAUUGUGCAAGAACUGCGGGACCCUCCCCCUCCGGCCGAACGUCUUGCUCUUCAACGAUACCGACGAAAACGUCUUGGUCCCCAUCCAGCGCCAGCGGGACCUGUACCAGGACUGGGAGGCCAUGGUUGAGGACAGGGUGUGCCACGAGAAGAAACGCCUGGUGCUGGUGGAGCUCGGGUGCGGGAAGACGGUUCCCGCCGUCCGACAGGAGAGCGAGGACGUUCUGCGGGAYGCCACGGACCUGCUGCGGUGCGKUGGCAGCGGGACRCAGGACGGYGGCCGUGGCGACGACGACGAAGCCGCUGCCCCGGUCACGCUCGUCCGCAUCAACCCGAGGGACGCGGAACCCGACGGACGCCACAACGCGUCGAGCGUGGUGUCGAUUUUCGACACGUCGCUCCGGGCCCUGGAGCGGAUCGACCGCGAGCUGGACGCCCUGCUGUGAUGACAUGGGAUGGGAUGGGAUGGGAUCGAAUGCGGUGCAACGCGGUUUCUCCCCUCUCGAAUGGAACCAAAAACAAAUCUACAACAGAACACAACAAACAACAAACAACAAACAACAAACAACAAACAACAAACAACAAACAACAAACAACAAACAACAAACAACAAACAACAAACAACAAACAACAAACAUAGCAACGAUCCGCGAACGAAACCAUAUUUUGAUCUUUUUCCAAUCGAAUCCCAUUUCGUGGACCUUUCAUUUGUAGCCAUUCCGAAACGUUCAGGGCGGCGUGUAGGCACCAAUCACUACGGAGACAAGGCUAUGCGCCAUGGCACGGGGAAGGGGACCAGAAGUGAACCGCAAAAACCCACGGCCAGAGUUAUUUGUGUAGUGAACUCUCUACUUGUUUUACUUCUUUUGUUACGAGCAACAAAUGUAAAGAUAAUCGCAAAAGCAAAUCYAGGUUUUUCCUGGGGAUUUUGUCGCAGUACCUUCUGGUAGACUGACCGGAUGCUAGAAUCUAGGAUACGUCGACUGAUCUGUCUGUCAGUCGACAGAUAUUUCAUCGAAUUUUGAAUUUUAAAUUGCCCCUCAGCAGCAAGAACGAGUUCCUACGAUGAAGUUAUACUUUUCUCAACUUUGCGAUGAAAAAUACAAAAUAAAUUAUCGUUCACCCC